GUUUCCAGGGUGGCAUAUUUUUAUGUCUACCUCUGCCACGUACAGUGAUUGGUUAAAUUCAGGCUCAUUGUAUUCAUGUUGAUAAUCUAGCGUCUAUGAUUGCUUGCACAGAAACCGGUGCCACCUCUUGUGAAUAGGCUGAUAAAACCUGCAUUGCUUGUUUGCUUGAUAGUCAUAGCAUUCAUAACCAUUGUUGAUAGACAAAUUCACAUCACGUUGUUCUAUGCCUCCAGCUAAAAUCACUCCUUUCAUCCCAAGUGUUUCUUACUCUCUCACUGCCCCUGCCCUCCUCCCUGAACUCCGUCCCCGAGCUGUUACUAUUCGAUAAACCAGACCAUCACUGGAAGAACAGGAACAGUUUCGAGUAAAGAAUAUGAUCAUCUGCACCAUGUUGAGAAACUACUUAGUGCUGCUCUUGCUUUUCACCUGUGGUUUUGCUACGACCAUCCACGAUCGUGCUGAUUCAAAAGAUCCACCACCCUCAGAAACCUCUCCCUCCCUUGCAACUCGUCCUGGAACAGCCAAAAACUGCGUGAGAUGGUUCCCUGCCAAGCGAGGCGACACGUGCGACAAGAUAGUCCAUUUGUUCAAUAUCUCUUUGUCGGAUUUCUUCAAAUGGAACCCAGGCUUGGGUGAGGAUUGUGAGAAGAACCUGUGGGCCGACUACUCGUAUUGUGUUGGUGUUGGAAAACCGCCCAAUCCUCCAGCUCCUCCCACUACCAGCACCGAAACUACCGAGACAACCACCAAGGAGACCACCACCACCAACACUGAGAGUACAAUCACUGGUAGUGCCACUACUUCUACCACAUCGGCCUCCUCUGGCUCUUCAACGUCUGGCGCGUCUCGUCCUUCUAGUCCCUUGAUUCCUUCUGGCUCGCCAACACCUUCCAGCUCUAACCCCCUCACCCCAACUGGAUCAUACUCAAUAGCUAAUCCCAUCACGACGUACACCCCGCCUCCUCCUACUAGUAGGAAUGACACAUGGCCCCCAACACACACACAGCCCGGGCAGCCGGAACGGUGUAACAGGUGGCAUCGUGUUUCUGUUGGUGAUACCUGCGACACAAUUCAGGCCCGCUAUGCCGUAUGGGUGAGCCCUGAACAGCUUCUAGAGUGGAAUCCAGGCCUUGCUGAGGAUUGUGCGUUCCCCUUCGUCGGUUACUGGGUGUGCGUUGGCCAGCCACUAAAUACCACGUUCACCUACUACCCAUCUGAUAUUGGUACCACCACAAUGCCUGAACCUACGAAUCACACAUCCACAGUAUUCCCCACAAAUACAACCACUUGGAUGCCUUCUCCGACCCAAGGUGGACUUGCCCAAAACUGCCAGAAUUAUUACCAGGCAAAUAAGACUGAUACCUGCGCAACGAUAAUCGAUCGGUUCUACUACCUUACGGAGAAUGAGCUUCACGACUGGAAUCCCGGAUUGAAGGAUGAUUGCUCUGGACUUUCCGCUGGUUUCUAUUACUGCGUUGCAGCUUUUCCGAGUGGCCAAGAGCCUAUGCCGCCUACAGUGACCACUGUGCCAUCCCCAACCAGCACCGGCACCGUGAAAGAGUGUGCUGCUUGGUACAGGGCACGCGAACAAGAUACAUGUAUCUAUAUCUCUCUGAAGUUCGGCACCUUCUCCACAAAAGAGUUUAUCAACUGGAACCCCUCUGUGCACGAGGACUGUUCUUUACUACAGACUGAUCAAUGGUAUUGCGUAGCAAUACCCGACACGCCAAAAACACGCACAGAGCCUUUCCCAACAGCGAUGCCAACUCUGUUCCCUCGCCAACCAAACAUUAUAAAAUCGUGCACUUGGUUCUGGCCUGUCUUGAAUGGUGAUACCUGCGCCAGCAUUAUCAAAAAGAAUGGGAUUACCCUCGCACAAUUUAUGGCCUGGAACCCCGACCUUGUUGACAAAAGCGGAGUAUGUCGCAACAUAAUACCAAAUUACGAGGUCUGUGUCGAAGCACCGAAGUCCAGCUCGGAGAACGACACCCCUUCAUCGUCUAGUCUUGGGUUUGAAACCGUGACGACUCGGCCGUCAACGGAGCCCAGCUCCUCGACUGGAACUAAGUCUUCGUCGACGGUGAAGACUACAAUGAACCCAUCCAAAUCCCCGGUAAGCACUACUUUACAAUAACUCAAUCGCCUGCCAGGUGAUAGCUAGCACACUAACGGUGAUAGAACCAAUCCCCCUAAACGGCGGACUAAAUGGAAUUAGUUGAUAUUGGACUUAGCUUUGGAUACUUAUUAGCCAUCACGGCUUCAUUCGUUAAAGUUGGUGGCGCCGUGGUCUGACGCCAUUAAU